UCUCCCUUCCCUUUCUCCUUCUCUCCUUUCUUUAAGCUUAAGAUUUUCGAUCUGUAAUCCUCAUUUCUCUGCUGCUUUCUUUUCUAGUUUCCCCCCUUUCUAUCUUUUCAUUUUUCAGAUCUACCUUUUUUCCUUUCAGAUUUCAAAAGUUCUCUGUAAGCUCAGGCACCAAUCAUUGAUGCUUCGGAAUGCGUUUUUGAUGUUUGAGAUUGAUGUCUCCUGUUCUCAGUGAAAUCCUUCGUUCCGGUUUUAUGAUCAGCACCUCCUUCAUACGCAGCGCUCAUCUUGUUCAGUCUUUCUCUGUUGUCUUCCUCUACUGGUUUUAUGUUUUCUCAGAAACUGCUUCCCUGAUCUCCAUCAUCGGUUAAAUUAAUCGUAGCUAGAUCUUCGUAGAUUUACUUCGGAAAUAAGUAAUUCAAACUAGCAGUCGUAAUUUAGUCUGGUUCCCGCGAAUUUUAGGUGUCUGACGUUUCUGUUGUGAAAAAAUGGCUUCAUCAAGUGGAAAUUCGUCCGGAUCUACUCAGAUUACCAAUUCCGGUUCGGAGGAGAAUCUGCAGGUCCUGAUGAACGAGAGGAAGAGGAAGAGAAUGCAGUCAAACAGAGAAUCUGCAAGGAGAUCGCGGAUGAGGAAGCAGCAGCACCUGGAUGAGAUGAUGGUUCAGGCGGCGCAACUCAAGCAGGAGAACAGCCAGAUCCUGGAGAGGAUGAACAUCACGACGCAGCAUUACAUGCGCGUGGAGGCGGAGAAUUCUGUUCUGAGGGCUCAGAUGAUGGAGCUAAGCCAGAGGCUUCAGUCUCUGAAUGAUAUCCUCAGCUCCAUGAACUCAAGCUCAGCUGGCGUUUUUGGUGGUGAUGCCUUUGUGGAUGAUGACUUCCUCCUCCAGACAGGGGGAACUCAUCAGGCUGUGAUGAACAAUCCGUGGAUGUUCAUGAACCAGACCCCCAUCAUGGCUUCUGCAGAUUUCUUCCAGUAUUGAGAAGAAGAAGAAGAAGAGAUGAGAUAGUCCGGUGCGGUGGCGACGGCGGUGGAUUCCUUGGGAAAUGGAUGGGUAUAACUGGAAUUGUCUUUAUUAUAUGGAGUAAUGGUAUUUUAUUUGUUAUUAUUGUUGUCGUUUUUUUAUUUGUUUUUUAUUGGGAUAUUAGAUGAAGACUUUGGGAAUUGUAAGCAAUCAAUGUGAUGGUGUAGUCUGGAUGAGAGGGCUAAUCAGGGUUUUGCAGAUUAUAUUGGAAUGAAUGGCUGUGAAUGUAUAUUAUAUUUAUGAUAAUCAUCAAUAAUGUAUCUGUCUUCUAGUUUAAUUUCCCAUUUCAAGCUGCACUUAUUUAUUUUUAUUUCC